GAGAUUAUUGCAGAAGUUUCCAAACUGAAGCAAGCAGUGCCCAGGUCCCUAUAACAGUGGGUGGCUUUCUGACAUCAGCAGAAACUGGUGCUUUUUCCCAGGUACAAAGGACCUCCAGACCAGAGCCAGCCAGCAGCAAAAAGAGCAUGGAGCUGAGGAGUACGGCAGCCCCCAGAGCUGAGGGCUACAGCAACACGGGCUUCCAGAAUGAAGAAAACUUUCUUGAGAAUGAGAACACAUCAGGAAACAACAACUCAAUAAGCAGCAGAGCUGUGCAAAGCAGGGAGCACACAAACACCAAACAGGGUGAAGAACAGGUCACAGUUGAGCAGGAUUCUCCAAGAAACAAAGAAGACAUGGAGGAUGAUGAUGAGGAGAUGCAACAAAAAGGGUGUUUGGAAAGGAGGUAUGACACGGUAUGUGGUUUCUGUAGGAAACACAAAACCACUCUUCGGCACAUCAUCUGGGGCAUUUUAUUAGCAGGUUAUCUGGUUAUGGUGAUUGUGGCCUGUGUGCUGAACUUUCACAGAGCCCUUCCUCUUUUUGUGAUCACCGUGGCUGCCAUCUUCUUUGUUGUCUGGGAUCACCUGAUGGCCAAAUAUGAACAUCGAAUUGAUGAGAUGCUGUCUCCUGGCAGAAGGCUUCUAAACGGCCAUUGGUUCUGGCUGAAGUGGGUGAUCUGGAGCUCCCUGGUCCUAGCAGUUAUUUUCUGGUUGGCCUUUGACACCGCCAAAUUGGGUCAACAGCAGCUGGUGUCCUUCGGUGGGCUCAUAAUGUACAUUGUCCUGUUAUUUCUAUUUUCCAAGUACCCAACCAGAGUUUACUGGAGACCUGUCUUAUGGGGAAUCGGGCUACAGUUUCUUCUUGGGCUCUUGAUUCUAAGGACUGACCCUGGAUUUAUAGCUUUUGAUUGGUUGGGCAGACAAGUUCAGACUUUUCUGGAGUACACAGAUGCCGGUGCUUCAUUUGUCUUUGGUGAGAAAUACAAAGACCACUUCUUUGCAUUUAAGAUCCUGCCGAUCGUGGUUUUUUUCAGCACUGUGAUGUCCAUGCUGUACUACCUGGGACUGAUGCAGUGGAUUAUUAGAAAGGUUGGAUGGAUCAUGCUAGUUACUACGGGAUCAUCUCCUAUUGAAUCUGUAGUUGCUUCUGGCAAUAUAUUUGUUGGACAAACGGAGUCUCCACUGCUGGUCCGACCAUAUUUACCUUACAUCACCAAGUCUGAACUCCACGCCAUCAUGACCGCCGGGUUCUCUACCAUUGCUGGAAGCGUCCUAGGUGCAUACAUUUCUUUUGGGGUUCCAUCCUCCCACUUGUUAACAGCGUCAGUUAUGUCAGCACCUGCGUCAUUGGCUGCUGCUAAACUCUUUUGGCCUGAGACAGAAAAACCUAAAAUAACCCUCAAGAAUGCCAUGAAAAUGGAAAGUGGUGAUUCAGGGAAUCUUCUAGAAGCUGCAACACAGGGAGCAUCCUCCUCCAUCUCCCUGGUGGCCAACAUCGCUGUGAAUCUGAUUGCCUUCCUGUCCCUGCUGUCUUUUAUGAAUUCAGCUCUGUCCUGGUUUGGAAACAUGUUUGACUACCCACAGCUGAGUUUUGAGCUAAUCUGCUCCUACAUCUUCAUGCCCUUUUCCUUCAUGAUGGGAGUGGAAUGGCAGGACAGCUUUAUGGUUGCCAGCCUCAUAGGUUAUAAGACCUUCUUCAAUGAAUUUGUGGCUUAUGAGCACCUCUCGAAAUGGAUCCACUUGAGGAAAGAAGGUGGACCCAAAUUUGUAGACGGUGUGCAGCAAUAUAUAUCAAUUCGUUCUGAGAUAAUCGCCACUUAUGCUCUCUGUGGUUUUGCCAAUAUCGGGUCCCUAGGAAUCGUGAUCGGCGGACUCACAUCCAUGGCUCCUUCCAGAAAGCGUGAUAUCGCCUCGGGAGCAGUGAGAGCUCUGAUUGCGGGGACAGUGGCCUGCUUCAUGACAGCCUGCAUCGCAGGCAUACUCUCUAGCACUCCUGUGGACAUCAACUGCCACCACAUUUUAGAGAAUGCCUUCAACUCCAGUUUCCCUGGAAACACAACCAAGGUGAUAUCUUGUUGCCAAAGUCUGUUGAGCAGCACUGUUGCCAAGGGUCCUGGUGAAGUCAUCCCAGGAGGAAACCACGGUCUGUAUUCUUUGAAGGGCUGCUGCACAUUGUUGAAUCCAUCAACUUUUAACUGCAGUGGGAUCCCUAAUACAUUUUGAGGUCAGCCACUUCUCCAGUGGAACUCUAAGUACAGAUGCUAAAUUUUCUACUUUGGAGAGAAAAAAAAAAAAAAAGCUAUUGUCCACAGAUUGAUACUUCCAUCAUGGAAUCAGCUUUAAUUGCAAGGAAUGAAGGAAAACAAGAGUGGACCUUCAGAGCUACAACAUCUUCCUCCUCCCCUUCCCUCCCCACCAGCCCCUUCCCCACUGAGAACCGCUAUGAUGUCCCAAAGUGAGGUGGUGUUGUUUCCAGUCUCAAUGGGAUUUUCUGACUUUAAUGUUUGCAAGGCAUUUCACCAGAAUACAGCUAUAAAUGGCAGCUCCCAACAACUGGGCUCUGACUCACCCACACCCACUUAGUGUCCACUAAGUAGUCCAGGGUGACUCAGUUUAAGCACAUCUCAGGUGAGGUACACUCUGCAUAUACCUUGGCUUACCUGAAAUAGCCUAAACUUGAAUCUCACAUAAGGGAAAACUAGUCAUCAAUCACCAACUCAUUGACUACCCUCAGGAAGUCCUGCAGAAAUCAAGAGUCCUUGGGGAGAACACGUGGACCAUACCAAAACCAGGGUUUAAAUCCAUUCUGCUUAAGAGUUCUAUCAGUCAGUUUAAGCAUAAAUUACGCAGCAGAAACAACCCAAAAACCUCAGUGGCUUACAGAUUUAUUUUUCACUCACAUGUUUGUAACGAUCCAUGUUGGUUGUAAUCCAUAUUGCUUCAGGACCCAGUCUAAAGGAGCAGCCUCUAAGUGGGGCAUGUUGGUCUUAAGAGGAAAAAGAAAGGUGGGAACCACAUGAUGGCUCUUUCAUCUUCCUCUUGGAAAUGAUACCCUUUACUUCCAUGACAUUCCAUUAGCCAAAACAAGUCCUGUGACAGGCACGAUGUCAGUCACCACAGUUAAAUUAUCCUGUCAUAGGGAGGGAUAGUGAAUAUUUUGCAGAAGUAAUAUGAUACACCAUAAGGGUAUAUGAUAUCCAUGUCUCCCUUCAAGGAGCCAUCCUGUUGUAGGCCAUAACGGUAGGCCAUGUGCACAUUUGGUAAUGUAUUCCUGGUGACAAAGCAGCUACUCUUCAAUCAAAAGCCGUGUAAGAAGCAGUUGAGGAAAAAAAGGCCUGGUUGAGCUCUGAAAACCUUGCGUUGAUAAUUUCAUUGACCAGGAUGGCAUCAGUAUCUAACUUGAAGAAUGGGUGUCAGUGUCUAAGAAAAAAUUCCAGAGACAAUGGUGGUGUGCUCUUUAAUGAAAUGCCCAUUGCCACUGCUCUUAAUAGCAUGAAGACCACAUGCUGUGAGAAAACACAAAUAUUAAUUACCAAGUCAAGAAAUAGACACUGAAUGUGAAAAAGGUUUUGAAAUACCUUAAGUAACUUAUUUUGUUUCUAUUUUUCCUUCUGUUUGUGUACAAGAGUAAUUUAAAAGAAAAUUCUAUGUGUAAAUAGUUGGGGUUUUUUGUGUGUUUUUUGUGGUGGUGAAGGAGGAGGCCAAAUGUCCAGAGGACUGUUUAUCCCUGAAGUACGAUAUACUAAAAUAUUUCUCAUUAUUUGUAUCAAUUUUCCUUGGAGCUCAAUGUGCCCUUGCAGUCUUCAGGCUUUAUUUUAGGAAAAUAUAUUUGCAUGUUUUCCCCCCAUUCUCAAUGUUUGGUGUCCUGGUUCAUCAUGCCCCACAGAAUGUUAUGUAUAUGUAUUAUACCAUUCCUCUGUGGACAUGCAUUUACUUUGUUUACAGGUUUUGGUUUGGGAGUUCUCUUUUUCGUACUUUGGAUAGUGCAUGUACAUUUACUUUGCAUGCUGGUGCUUUUUUUUCUAUAGCAAUGGUGUCUGAUAGGCAUAUGCAAGUCACAUGUAAUUUAAGAUCUAGUAGCCACACUAAAAAACAGGUAAAAUUAAUUUUAAUAUAUUUAACUCAAUAUAUUGGAGAUAUUAUUGCAGUAAGAUAUUUUUCAUUCUUAUCAAACUAAGUCUGGUUUGCAUAUCUCAGUUGAGACACUAAAGUUUUACUGAUAAUACUUAAUCCAUGUUUAGAUUUCAUAAAAUCUAAAUUUGCAAAGUAAAUUUACACACCCAUGUUGGUCUAAAUGUGCUUAAAAGUUUUCCAAUAACUGAAAUGAGUAUCAGUUUUAAAUUUAAAAAUUUAUUACUUGGUUACUCCAUAUUUCAGGUAUUAGUGGCUACCAUAUUGGUCAGAGCAGUUUCGUAGGCUGCUUUCCUAGGUUUGAAGUGUGUGUAUAUUUCUGGUAUUAUAAGAUGUCAGAGUGGUUUUUGGAGAAAUAUGUUGUCUUAAUUUUUACCUGCUUUGAUAUGACCUUUCUGUGUAUAUGUGUGACAUUCCUUUAUAAAUGCAACAUGUUUGCAUAGGUCCUACACUGAUUCCUUAUUAAUGCUGUGCAUCCUUGAACUGAGAAAAGGGGUAUUAUUCCUGAGCUAUAUUAUAAGAGGAUAGUAAAGGCCAAGGACCAGGAAAAUGACCUGGUUAAGCCUCUUGAGCUUGUUAUCUCCAGAAACCUCACCAAUACCCUGUGAACGUUGUAAGUGGCCCUUCUCCCAGUGAAACAACCUAAUGGAAGUUUUGGUGCGUGGUGAUGUUUUUAUUCCUCUUUAGCAGACGUAGAAGCUGGAGGCUGCUUGUUUUCCCCAGUUUCUCCUUCACCCACCUACAUAUAGUGGGCAAAGAUGGCACGCCUAUGUUUUUCAGCUGUUUGAGCCCGCUCACUGCUGACAGAUUGUUGUUCUUGGUCUGUGCUCCCCGACCUUGCUUCAAGCCAAGGCUGCGACAUCUCCUUGGGAGAACUCCAUACUCUGUCCAGUCCACCCAUGAAAUCCAAAGCCCCUAGCCACCUCUGUGUCUUCCCACUGGUAGUUUUCCCUAAUCUGAAAGCCCCUUUUUUUUUAUACAGUAUUAUGGUUCCAGAUAUGAGUGUUUCCUCAUUUCAAUGAAGAUGGGUGUUUACUGCUGCUUAUUCUCCGUGUUGUUUUCUAUUGGUUUGCAAAAAAAAAGGGGAGAGGGGCAGAAAUGAUAUUUCUCUUCGCAAUCCAGAAACUGGUUAUAAACAAAUUCUCUGACCCUGGAGAGGCCUUAGGGUCUCAGCCAAAAAUAGAUUUGAGUCAUGGGA